GCUCAGCGUGCAAAUUUUGUUCAAAAUUAUUAUUCGCUCAGCGUGCAACCCUGCACAGUCAGAGCGCGCAGUGAACACAGUCGUGUGCGCACAGCUGACGUUGAUAUUUGACAGCUAAAAGUUGCCGCCAAAAUACAAACAAAUUAGCACCGGUCAACAAUUGGAAAACGCGUGUAAUUCUUUAACUUGAAAAUAAAUAAAUGAUUACGCUAUAAAAUUAGUUUUAAUUUGUUAUUUAUUACAAGCAAAAUGUCUAAAGUGAAAAGUGAUAAAGUAACAUCAAAAGAGAGUGUACAUGCCGAGAAUAGUGAUGAUUCGUGUGGUGAUGACACAGCCAGCGUCAGCACCAACAAUACUUCGCGCAGUAAAUCACCAACCACACGGCGUUCGCGUGGUCACAGACGUAGCAACAAAUCGAAAGCACGUAAACCGGCGUAUAAAUAUGAUUAUCAUGUGAAGGAAAAUCAUGGACAGGCCAUUUUCGGUAUUAGUUUCAAUCAGUGGUUGGGUAGCGAUCAGCCGCUCAUCUUCGCCACUGCCGGUAGCAAUCGCCUUACCAUUUAUGAAUGUCCACGCCAAGGUGGUAUUAAAUUGCUCAUGUGUUAUGCGGAUCCGGAUCCAGACGAGGUGUUCUACACAUGCGCUUGGACGUACGACAUUAAAACAUCACUACCCUUGAUUGCGACGGCUGGUUACCGUGGUGUGAUACGCGUUAUUGAUGUGCAAAAAAAUGAAACUGUUGGCAACUACAUUGGCCAUGGCCAGGCCAUUAACGAACUGAAAUAUCAUCCACGACAGCCGCAUCUCUUACUAUCUGGCAGUAAGGACCAUGCGAUACGCCUUUGGAAUACACAAUCGCAUGUGUGCAUUGCAAUUUUUGGCGGUGUGGAAGGGCAUCGCGAUGAGGUGCUCUCUAUUGAUUUUGAUUAUCGCGGCGAACGCAUUAUGUCCAGCGGUAUGGAUCACUCUUUAAAACUGUGGUGUAUAAAUACAGAGGAUUUUAAGGAGAAAAUCGAAUUUUCACGCACAUUCAAUCCAAACAAAUCACAAAGACCCUUUCCAACAAUAAUGCAGCACUUCCCAGACUUCUCCACACGCGAUAUACACCGAAACUAUGUGGAUUGUGUGCAAUGGUUUGGCGAUUUCGUGCUCUCCAAGUCAUGCGAGAAUUCUAUAAUUUGCUGGAAGCCCGGACAGCUGCAUCAAGGUUUGUCGCAACUGAAACCAAAUGAUCCAUCUUGUACGAUUAUCGCUGAAUUUGAUUAUGAUGAAUGUGAGAUAUGGUUUGUGCGUUUCGGUUUCAAUCCGUGUCACAAAAUAAUUGCCUUGGGCAAUCAGCAUGGCAAAGUGUAUGUGUGGGAACUCGAUCCCAGUGAUCCGGGGCACACAAACACGAGCACACUGAAUAAUAUCAAAUGCAAUUCGCCAGUGCGGCAAGUAGCAUUCUCACGCGAUUCCAGUGUGCUCGUCUAUGUGUGUGAUGACGGUACAGUUUGGCGUUGGAACAAGACCAAUAUUGUACAAAAGACGCCAUAAAGAUCUCACAGCAAGGAGUGUUCGUUUUUAUACCUUACUUAUUAUUUAGUAUAGUGCGUUUCUGUGGACGCAAUUCAGUAUGCAAACUAACCAAAUCCAAAAUGCCAAGUAAAAUAUACCAAACUAAGUGAAGAGAAAAAUGUUGAAUAAUUUUUUUUUUUGGUACUUUAGUAUAGUUUUAGGCUUGAAUAUAGAAAUUAACUGUUUAAUAUAUCUUAUAUGUGUGUGUACUUAAUAAUCUCACUAGUUUUUAAUAAAAAAAAUACGAUUCGUUGUGACAAAAUAUGUUAAC